AUGGCGGCUCUCGUUAAUAGAUUUUUCAACCAAUUUGCUUCAACAAUACAUAAACUCAAAGCAAUAUACUCAGAUUCAGUUGAAGAAAGACUUAAGCAGAGUUUAUACGAAGCCAGUCAUGCUGGCGCCAGUCCUGCGACAAGCCAGUGUUGGCCUGGCCCCUGUUGUUUAGACGAGGCCAUUUCAUUCGCGGCUUUUUCUUCGGGUGUGCACACGUGUGAAGUAAAAAAUAAUGAUUUCGCGGCAAAGUCUAUUGAAAAAAAAAGUUUAAGGAACAUCUCUGCACUAUUAAAAGAAGAGUUGAUUGAUAUGUUAGAAAAAAAGAAAGCGAAACGACUUUGGAUAAGAAAAUGGUUAAGCGAUAGACCUAUAACUGGUGCUUCUGCCUUGUUGCUGAAACAACUAAGAUUAGAAGAACCUUCUGAGUACAGGUUGGCGUUGCGGGUUACUGCUGAAAACUUUGAUGAGUUACUUUCACUUAUACAGAGCUCGAUUCAGCGCCAAGACACCCUGAUGAGAGAUGCAUUACCAGCAAAAAUAAAAUUAGAAGUAACGUUAUCGUUCUUAGCAACUGGAAUGAGUUAUCGAAGCCUGAGUCAUUUUUACCGUGUUUCCAAACCAUCUAUAUCAAAAUGGAAG